CACAAGCGGCCGGUCUUUAAAAAAAGGAAUCCUUAUGCCAACCGAUGUAAUCAAGGCGAAGAAUUAUCUCUUAUCUCUGGGCAUACAUGGUGAAAUUCCCAUGGGAUCAGAGAGGAUGGAGAUGCGAAAGAGGCAGAUGUCGGGGCAGCAGGAGCUGGUGGCGGGAGGCACAACGACGGGAACAGCGCCAGCCCAGCACGAGCAGGCUGGUCAGGGCGAGCGUGCCUCUAAUGCCUGCUGUUUCUGCUGGUGCUGCUGCUGUAGCUGCUCAUGUCUCACUGUUAGGAAUGAAGACAGGGAGGAGAGGAACCGGAAAGCCUCGCACGACGUCAAAGCUGAGGACCCGGGUGACUGCGAGGAGAGUCCAAAGCCCACUAUGGAUGAAGUGUGCUCAUGGGGGCAAUCCUUUGACAAGUUGAUGCGUUGCCCUGCUGGACGUUGCGCCUUCCGGCAAUUUCUACGUACCGAGUUCAGUGAGGAGAACAUGCUCUUCUGGCUAGCCUGUGAAGAGUUCAGCAAGGAGACCAAUAAGAGUGUCAUCAAGGAGAAGGCACGCCUCAUAUAUGAGGACUACAUUUCCAUCCUCUCACCCAAAGAGGUGAGUCUGGAUUCACGCGUUCGGGAGGUAAUAAACAGGAACAUGCUGGAGCCCACGUCUCACACGUUUGAUGAUGCCCAGCUCCAGAUUUACACAUUAAUGCAAAGAGACUCAUACCCACGCUUCAUGAACUCCCCUGUCUACAAAAACCUACUCAAGAGCGUCUCGGAGCAAUGUCCAGAAUCCUAAAUCUCUGUGAUCCCACUCGAAUUCUCCCUUCCCCUUCUUCUUUUUGGGUUCCUUUUUCAUUAUGUGGAGUUUGUUUAAAAGGACCUUUCUGUGGGUCCUCCCAGGGAUUUUACCACAUUAGAGAUCUGUACCUGAACAAGACACUCAGGUCUCCAGGUCACUGGAUUUUAAAACAAUGUCUCAAAUCUCCUGAGGGCUCAAUACCACAAGUACUGCUACAAAACAACAUAGCAAGAAGCUCCAAAGGAUUAUCAGUGCAUUUUCAUAUUUUUAAGAAAAAAUAUCUAUUUUAUUUGUGUUUUGAAUUGUUUUAAAUUACCUUUUUGUAUUUACUUUAAAAGAUGAUGUGAUGCCCAGUAUGGGCUAUUUACAGUAUACACAUUAGAUAUAUUUAUGAACUUGUAGUAUAUUUCCUCUUGUCUUAGAAUAUUUCAAGAAAAGGGAAUCAUGGGUAACAGGACAUGCCCAGUUCUAGACACUGCAUAUGAGAAUCAAAGAUCAAGUCAAGGCAAAACAGCAGCUUUACUCAAAGAAAACUGUGUGCCAUUACCUGUCAUAAUAGCUUAGCAUGUCCAGGUGGAAAAGAUCUUUCUUUCGUAUUUAUGAUAGGGCUCUUUUUUCUCUUUUUUCAAAUCACUAUUAAAGGCAGAGAGUGAAACCCUAAAUUUCUGGUAAAAGACAUGAUACAAUCUGUGGAUCACAAAUCUUAAAUGCCCAAACGUCAUGUUGAUUAACUUAAUGCCAAAAGGUUUUUUUCUCUUUGAUGGCUUGAAAAUUGGUGGCUAUUAUAUUACGCUCUACUACAAUGCAGCCUGUAGGUAAAUUGACAGCGACACCAUAUUUCUUGUACUAUAUAGUUUGGCUCUGUACCCAGAAAAUAAGAUCAUUUUUAUCCUUUUUACACAGUCUUUGUAUUCCAGACUUUACUGUAGCAGUUGUGAUAAACCCUCUGACAUCAAGUCUGAAUAAUUCUUUCGUUAACGCAGUCUUUACACAAGCUCUCUUGUGUACGAAUUAAUGCUGCAACAACAUAGAGCUGGUGAAUAAAUAACUGCGCAACCAAUUGUCUAAUUACUUGUAGUUUCCUAAAACAAACUGUAAUUCUUCUGUGGUUUACCCAGUGUGGAUACUCAUUUGUUUCUUGACUUUAAGCUCAUAAUCAAUGUUUUAAUUUAAAUCCAGUAUUACCUGGUAAAAACCUGUUAGUGUCCAGUUACCUCCAGACCUCACAUGAUGGCUAAUCUUUACCUAUAUCCAAAAAAUGUGCAUACUAGAAGCAGGCUCAAGAUCUUAUGUAAACUUAAGUAUUAAAAUCAUCAAAAUUACUUAUAACCGUCUUGAGAUGAAUAUAACCAUUUUAAUGUGAAGGUAUUUUACUAUUGUAUCAAAUAUCUUUAGGUUUAGUUCAGCAUUUCCCAAUCCUUUGUCCUCGAGUCCCUCUGCGCUGUAUAUUUUUUACAUUUUCCCAGUUUCUAAUGCAUUUCACUCAACUCCCUAGCUACUUAACAAACCCUCCGUGAGGUAAACGCAUUUACUAAAAUAUGUACUACAGGGACACUUCGAGACCAGGAUUUGGGAACACUGGCUUCCCAGAUUCAGACUAAAUGGAUAAGUAUUUAGGACUCUUAUUUGUAGGUGACACCAAAGUAGCCAAGUCCAGGUAAACUGUGUUAUUACUAGCUUACUCUCUGAAAGCACUGAUUAGAAUCAGUGGCCAAGUUAUUGUUGUUGUCGUUGUUGUUUUAUUUUUUUUUUAAAUAGUUUUGUAAAUGAUUUUGUUGCCUGACUCAUGUCGCUCAAAGACAAGAUCCUCACACGGGGAAGUGCCUUGACAUUCAGUUGUGUGACAUCUCUUUUAUGGCAAUAGUUGAAUCGAACUCUUGCCGCAGAAAUAGACUCUGGACCUUUGAUCAGUUUCUGAUGUGAUUUGUCCUGAUGUGACUUCGGAAAUUAAUUCUUGUAAUUCAUUUGUGUGUUUUCUUUUUUUGUUUUAAAUCCAUUUUUUUUCCAUCACUGAAGUCACGACAUUUGAAGGAAGAGGUUCACAAGAUUAGGACAAUUCAUAAAGUGUGAUUGAUCCGAGUCCAAGCAUGCUUCUGCCAGUAUGUAUUACAUGGGGGUACUUCUGCUCAUUAUUUACUCGACAUGUGCAAUCUGAGCUGAUGGAUUCACCACAUAGAUCAACCUCAAUCUAAGCCAAUGGUUUUGAAGUGAUACUGCCUACAUUUUUAUUUCUUUUUGUUCUGUUGGUGUUGUGAAAAGUACGCAAGAGUGUUAUUUUCCAAUCGGUUUACAAAAAGAGUAUACAUUUUUAAAUGAAUAAUAUCUGAAUGUUUACAGUAAUCUGUUUCUGUUUUACUCGACUGAGGAAAAAAAAAUAUCUGUGGGCAUUUGAAAUCUUUAAGAUGAAAAUAAAGCACAAUAAUUUUACAGCUUGUGGUGCUUUUGUGUUUUAAAAAAAGGACACAAACCAUUUCCAUUAUAUUCACAGGUGUUUCAAAUGCAUGCAAAGGUUCAGGCAUAUUGCAGAUAUUCAAAUAUUAAUUCUUGGGGACAAACCUGAGCUGCUGUGAGUAGUUGUGCUGUGUUGUGGGGUUAUCAUGGAGAAUAAUGGUGGGAUCUCCACUCCUCUUCUGGAGAGGAUGCACCUGGGAAGCUCACAAAAGAGUACACACAGCACGUCAUGUUC